UAUGAUUCCAUUUAAAAAAUUAGUAGCACUUUUUAUACGUACAUUCUCUAAACCUGUUGCCAAUAUUAUUAAAAGAUAUGCUUUGAAUAAUAAUAAUAACAGGUCUUAUGGAAGAAGAAUUGUCAGAAAUGGUUUUAUAUUAUUAGGAAAUAAGUAUCAUGCAUUUGAUGUUUAUUUGGAAAGGGCCUCUAUUGGUUAAUCAAAUUAGUAAUUUUUUAUUAAACCUUUAUCGGAUGAAGCUGCAUUUAUGAAAGGUUUUAAAUUUAUUAUAUUAAAAUAGGCACGGAUCUCUUUUCAGAUUUAUUUAUAUAUAUUUGUGUUUUAGGAUUACCUUUAUAUGAGAUCAUUCGACAAUCUAAUGAGUCUGCCAAAAAGGAAGCCAUUUAAGAUGAGAAAUUAAACUAGCUAUCAAAAGUACGCCAAAAAUUUUCAGUUUUAGGAAGUUGAAGAAUUAGAGUUAAUUGAAUCUAAAAUUAAGGAAAAAUAAUUAUAGCUAGCAUAAUUAGACACAAAAUUAAUUGAACAAAUAUCACAAACAAGCUAUCAAUUUUAAUAGCAAAUAUUAAACAUAUCAAAUGAUUUAAAUAAGAAUUAAUGA